AGUCACAGAGGUUCUUUGUUACUUUCUUUCUCCUGAAAAAGAAAGUGUGAUGAGGUCAUAAUAUAAUAUUAUUAAUAAUAAAUAACAGCCACCAGUUGCAGUGGCAGCUAUGGCUACCAAUAGCUUCGUGGUGGAAGGUCUUUCGUUAAUGGCGAAGCGACCAUGUCCCUCGCAAAACCCUAGAACGGAGAACCCGAACCAGGUGGAGCAUCUUCUGGAUGCAUUCCUAGGUCUCGCUGAUUCCCCUUCUCUCUCUCUCGAUCUCUCCCUCGAGAUGCUUCUAGAAUCAUCGCCCUCCGAUUCCGAUCGAACGGUUCUCAUCGAUCGCGCCCUCAAAAUGGCGUCCACGCUGCUCGAUGCAGCCAAAUACUCGUCCAGGAAGCGAGCUUCCAAGCACAAUUCCAUCGCUUGGCCUCUCCCUCCCGACCUCACCAUCAAGGUUUUCUCAAUGCUUGAUACGCAGAGCCUGUGCUAUGCGUCGGCUACUUGUUCAUUUUUUAACAAGUGUGCUAAAGAUCCUUUGUGCUAUGCCAAUCUCGAUUUGACCACGAUUGUUCCAAAGAUUAACAAUUCGGUGGUUUCCACGAUGAUUCAGCGAGCAGGAAAGGCACUAAGGUCUCUUAAGCUAGGUGUGAUACCUGGUGCUGCUACUUCGCCUGGAUCUUGUCAACCAUUGGUUUGUACUGUCGGUAGUGCAAUUGUAGAGGUACCUAACUUCUCAUGGAAUGAUAGGAGAUCCAGACAAGGGAGAGAAUCUUCCAUUCUUACAAGAUCUUGUUUAAGCCCUUUAAGUAGGGAUGGUGGUGCUCCAGGGGCUCUUUUGAGAAAGCUGAACUUGUACAAUAUUGAAAGAAUGGAUAAUGCAUCCCUUAGUGGGGCAUUAUCAGCAUGCCCUUCUCUGCUUGAUCUAGAAGUUGUUGGGCUUCAUGUUGAAUUGAGGCAAACAUUAAUGUCAGUAAGUGCAAAAUGCCACUUGAUUGAGCGUUUGUUUUUUGAAUCUUCUAAAACAGGUAGAGAUGACAGUUUGAAAACACAAACCUGUCUUGAGCUAGUGGACAAUUGUCCUCACCUAACUUCUUUAUCUCUUAGGGGGUUUAAGCUACAUGAUUAUAAAGUUCGUGUACUGAUUAAGGGGUUUCAGAAAUUGAAAUAUGUUGAUUUUUCUACAUCCUAUUCAAUCACUGGAAGCUUCUUAAGAAACCUUGGAAGUUGCAAUGGUGGAAAUUUGCUUGAGGUUUUAAUUUUAAGGGAUUGCAUGCAUCUGAAAGAGAUGGAAGUUGCUAGGCUGUUAACGACAAUUCUUGCAGGCGAUUUCAAAUUGCUUGUACAUCUUGAUAUAUCUAAUAGAGAAGGCUUAGCAUCUGAGGGUGAUUGGUAUCGCAGGUGUUUCAACUCUAGUAUUAUGCCUGUAAAGCAGGUUAUGGAAGCAAGACCUGAUAUGUGUUUGGUGGCUGAGUAUCCGCUAGAAGGAAGUUACAUUGAGUCAUUUGAUUCUGAUAUGAACAGUGAGUUAAGUGUGCCAUCACACUUGAGCUUUCGUAGUUCAGAUGCAUUGAUUUUUAUAAGUACAUCUGAAAGCAGCUACAAUAGUGAUCAGGGUAGUGGUAAUGAGGAUGGUCAAGAUGCCAGCUACGUGAUUUAUGAGGAAAGUUCAGAUGACAUAGACUCCGUGUCCGUGUAGGGAAUGCUCAUUGUAUGGCAUUAAUUAAAUGGGUCAAAUAUUUGUGAAUUUGGGGAGUCGCAGAGGAAGAAGGAUAGUGCCUAUUAGAAUGUGGACGGGGGAUUGUCUUUGACUUUCGUCUUGUCUUCGUUGAAGUUCAUUAGCGUGGCAUUUUCAAUCAGGAUGAAGAUUGGAUGCGAGUAUCAGUUUCUUGUCGGCCCAAGUUUCCUUGUUCGCAGAAAAUGUAAAGUAUAGCCGAGUUGGAUGGGUGGUCCUCCCUCCCCCUCAAUCCCUUCAUUUCCCAAAAUAAAUCUGCACUAACUUGACUGGAUUUAUUUUAAAAUUAAAUAUGCAAAAAAAUUCAAUAUAUUUUGUUGCCUUUCAUACCGUCUAUAGCUAAUACUGCAACCACAGCCAAUGUGUUCUCUGUGCACAUGGGGCGUAAAACUGUUCUAUAUGUAAACGAGGAUCAAGCAAACUCGGUGAAGAUUAUGCGUUAAAAGCUAUCUCCAUGUGAAUGUCAGCCUCAACUGGGGAAACGCAAUUUGAUGAAUCGUAACACUGACAAAAUAUGUUGACACUAAUAACGACGAAAUAAAUGUAGAUUUACAAGCGUUUUGAUGCGAC